AUGACUCAAAUUUCAGAAAUUAUUCUUUUGGGUUUUGGAGAUCUCCAUGGCCUUCAGUUUCUUCUUUUUGGGCUAUUUCUAGCCAUUUAUGUUAUGACUCUCCUGGGUAACAUUGUAAUUCUCACCGUAGUAUCCACUGAUUGCUCCCUUCACACACCCAUGUAUUUCUUUCUUGGCCACUUCUCCUUCCUAGAGAUCAGCUACACCACAACAAUUGAGCCUGUAAUGCUGUGGACAUUGUUAUCGGCUCAUGUGCCUAUCUCCUUGCCAGCCUGUGCUUGUCAGUUUUACUUUUUUGCAUCUUUGGUGGCAACAGAAUGCUUCCUCCUUGCUGUAAUGUCUUAUGAUAGAUACAUAGCCAUUUGUAACCCACUACACUAUUCCAGUAUCAUGGACUCCUGGGGUUGUUUCCAGCUAGCAUUGGCCUCUUGGUUGGCUGGAUUUCUGGCACCUAUCUUACUCAUGAUCUUGAUUUUUCGCUUAACAUUUUGUUCUGCCAAUGAGAUUGACCACUUCUUCUGUGAUUUGAAGCCCAUCAUGAAACUGGCCUGCACUAAUACUCAAGUAGCUGAAAUGACUUCUUUUAUAUGUACCUCAUUAUUCGCUCUUGGUCCCUUCAUACUGACCUUGGCUUCCUAUAUUCACAUCAUUUGCACCAUUCUGAGGAUCCCUUCGACCACAGGGAAGCAGAGGGCUUUCUCCACCUGUUCAUCUCACCUUAUAGUGGUCAGUCUUUAUUAUGGGACUCUGGGCAUUGUCUAUGGCUUCCCAUCAAUGCCUCAAUAUGAAAGUAUAUUGAAGUUGCUUUCUCUUCUGUAUACAGUGUUUACCCCUGCUGCCAAUCCUAUCAUUUACACCCUAAGGAACAAGGAUGUGAAGGUAGCUCUGAGAAAAUUGACACAAUGGCAUACAUACCUGGUCAAAGAAGGCUAA